AUGAAGCUCUCCUCCAACCUUACCAGCCUUGCUGUGGUAUGCACCAACAUUGCAUACGUUUCAGCUGGCUGCUAUACCCAUGGUGAGAAAUGGGCGAACCAGGGCGACGCAGUUUACCACACCGGGAGAGCUUGCAGGGGCUACGAUGGCAACAAGGGGGCUUUCCAAGGCUGGUUUGCAUCCGGAGAGGUCAAGAACCUCUGCUACCAGUACGGCAAUCAGAAAUGGGAAUUCCAGAUCACCAAUCUCAACCAGGGCGCCAGCUUUGAUCUUAACGACGAUAGCUGUGCCAAUGGACUCGCCAGGGAGAUCAUCGGCUGUGAGAGUGGCGGGCAGUCAGACAACGCCGGCUGGCGGUUCAGGUGA